AUGGAUCCCCCAUCGAUUCCUCUCGAAAUCACUGAACAGAUCAUCGAUGUAUUGGCCAGCGAGAACCACCAAGGGUCGGCCAUCAAAGCGUGCGCCACAGUGUCCAGAGAUCUGCUGGCAAUAUGCAGGAAACACCUUUUCUCGAUCAUUCACAUUCAGAGAGACAUCCACUCCGUUGGCCCCAAUUCGUCUUUAUCUCCCCCUCACACGAUUGCACGCAACGCCCGCUUUGUCAAGUUAAUAACAGCGACCCCAGCGAUCGCGGACUAUGUUCGCACCCUUGACUAUGCUAUUUCACGCCAAGACCGCAACGACGCUGCCUUAGUGAAGACGCUGGAAAAGCUUACCCGCCUUCAAUGCCUCAAGCUUCGACUCCUCACUUCGAUCAAUGGAAUAGACUGGGGCGAUCCGAGAAUGGAGGGCCUGCGAUCCGUUUUCUUUCACCUCACGUCGUUGCCAACAUUCACAGAUUUGAGUUUGGACGGUCCUUUCUAUUCUUUCCCCUUUUCUCUCUUCGCUUCCAGUCCCAAUCUGAAGAGCCUCAGCGUGUCCGAGUUGCACAUCUCCGAUAGCGACCCGUUAGACGAGUUCAAAAUGCGAUCAAACAUUCGCCCUGCACUCCUGCAAGAAUUUCAUCAAGGACUGCAUGCUGAUGAAGCCACAGAAAAACUUUUACGUUGUCCAUUCCUUGAUUUUACGAACCUCACAAAGGUAUCGCUAACACUCGAGGAAGAAACGGAGGAGUACCUGAAGAGCUUCGUCCAACGCCUUCAAUACCUGACACUAGUCCACAUGGAUGUUUCCUGUAUGGUUCUCACCUUGGUUGACCUCGCUAAAAUUACGGCUUCAUCUAGACGGUCUUUGAAAGUCCUCAGCCUCGAAAUCUUGUGCCCCUUCGGCGAUGAGGAUCCCCUCCUUGGCCUCUGUCCAGAGCUCGAGAAAAUGGCCGAUGAAAACGUCCUCGAAUCCAUUUUAAUUGAUGCAACUGUUAGUGGACCCGAUGGCUGUCGGACAGAAGAGGAAUGGGGAAGGCUCAGCGAGGUCUUGAUGAAGGAGCAAUGGUCGUGCCUCCGGCAAGUAACACUGUCGAUAGCGAUUGCUGGUGGUAGGAACCCGGAGCUGGAGGCUAAGCUAGACAAGUUGCCAUUCAUGCAAUUGGCUGAACUGCGGUCAACAGAGCGCUUCAAAUUCGAAUACAACUGCCGCGUUGUAGAGGACUAA